UCCGCCACAGAAACACGUGUGAGUAAGACAGACCUGGGAUUAACGGUAAAGGUGCGUUGAUGUAUUCUUGACGUCCUUAUUUUGCACUGAUCAGAUCAUUUUUCGGACAGGUGAGUUCAUACAACGAGCCGAGAUAUUUUCUAACAGAAAUAUAUGUAAAAUAUGGAAAAAACAGUGAAGAACAAGAAAGUGAUUAAAACCAAAAACAGAAUAAAAACAAAACAGAAAAAUACAGACAGAAUUGUGGAAGGCAAGAACAGUGUAGAGUUAGUGGAAAAAAUGGACAAAAUGCAGUCAAUGGCAGAAAAGAAACCUUUAGUGGGGAAAAAAUCUGACCAUGAGACUAAGAAGCUGAAACAGAAUAAAGAUGAAAUUGAUGUGCCUGAUGUUGUCAAAUCAAAUAGAAAAAUGAAAUCAGGGAAGACUUCAGAUAAUUUGACUACAUUAGACAACUUAAAGAAAAAGAAAAGGAAAAUGUCACUUUCUGAAAAUACUGACCAUACAAAUUUAGAUCAUGAUCAAGAACCUUUGAAAAAGAAGAAGAAAAAGAAGUCAGAAAAGUUUGAUGAAUCAGAAUUUAAAAGCGGACAUAAAGUGUUGAUGGAGAAAUCAACCAAAUGUUUAUCGGCCAGUGCUAGUGAUGAGCUACCUUCAGAUGUCAGUGAGAAAAAUAAGACAAAUGAUAAGAAUUCAGAUGUAAAGAAAGGCAAGAAAAGGAAGAGUGUUCAUGAGUCCGGGGGGAAAUCGCAAAAACAUUUAUCUGUCAGAGCUAAUGAUGAGCUUCCUUCAGAUGUCAGUGAGGAAGAUAAGACAAAUGACAAGAGUUCAGGUGUAAAGAAAGCAAAGAAAAAUCAGCAAACAGAAGACAACAUUUCAGCAGAAGCCGAGGAAGACAGCAGUGAAGAAGGUACAAGUCCUGUGGUACCCAAGAAAAAGAAGGAUAAAAAGAAAAAGAAGAAGAAGGAAGUAAAGGAUACACAAGAUGGUGCUGAAGACACAAGUAUUUCAGCCCAAACUGCUGCCAUUGACUAUCUUAAAACUUGGUCAGAGGACAAAGUCAACUGGAAAUUUCAAAAAGUCCGACAAGUGUGGUUACUACAACACAUGUAUGAUGAUUCCAAGGUACCCAACACAGACUUUGACAGAUUACUGCUUUACUUGGAAAACCUGAAGGGGAAAGCAAAAGAAGCAACACUUGAUAAAGCUUCAAAAAUUAUUGAGGCUGAAGACAGUAGUUCUGAUGAAGAUAACAAUGAAGAUGGAAAAACUAUGAGAGCACGACAAGUGAUGCAAAUGCUGAACUGAACAGAGAGGGACAUAACUUGGACUUUAAUGAUGGUAGUCUACAUGUAGGGUGGAGGUUUAGGUAGUUAGUAUACCAGAUGGUGGACUGUACUUCACUGGAAGGAUAAUGCUGUCAAGUCUACAUGCUUACAUACAUGGCAGCUUAUCACAUGAUAUAUAUAUGUAUAUACUAUAAAUUUCUCCUGAACUUACUAUUGCUAGGUGAAAAUAAUAUGCUACAGAUUAGGCAUUCCUUUUCAUAUGUAUAUAUUUUGGAAUCCUGUCACGAUCUGCAUUUUCAAGUUAACAAUACAAGAAUAUAAAUAAAGUAACAAUACCACAAAGCA